UCGCCUGUAGAGGAAGUCUAUGAAUCGCGAACACUGUGCCUAGUCGAAUUAGCACAACUCUUAACCCACAUUCUUCCACAAGUCUCAUAUCCUUUAAGCCUUAUUCCUGCCGAAUCUCCGGAUUUUCAUUCCAAUUUUCCACGUAUUUAACCACGACUCCCUCGAAAUCCUUCCCGUUUCAUCAUAAUCCCGACCCUUCCCAUUCAUCCUGACGUUGUACCCCGUAAUUCCGCUGCUUUCGCUUUCUCUGCUUCUUGUCCGCUCUAUCCGCUCCCGCGUAACGUUCAUAGGUUAUUGUAUAAUCAAAAAAGUGUAUUUCGAAAACAAUAGUGUUGGAUUAUAGUUGUUGCUGGCGUUGUUUGGGUUGUGCUUCCAUUCGGAAAAUUAAAUUUUGUUAUAGUGCGGUAGGACACGUUUAUUGACAGAUGAAUGUGUCUGUAGUCGUGUCUCGUUCGGUUAGAAUGCAAUCCUUCAAGUUGUGAUUUUCACUAAGUGGUUGUGGGUAGUUGUGGGAAAGCUUUUUAGAUUCAUGUGUUGUCCACACUAUACGUCUGUAACAGGCAUGUGAACGUUGUGAUGUGAUUUAUAGCUGACGAUCCAAAAGCGGCAGAUCUGAAAUAGAAAGGACAUUUCUUGAGAAGUCAUUGAUGAAAAAGAUUCAAUUACAUAUAUAUAUAUAACACAUCAAAUGGAAUGAAAUUAACGGACUUCUGUCACGAAUCGCACAAGUAAUUUAAUAGAGACGAUAACAUCCCUAUAUCAAAUUCAUAUCAAAAUCGUGUUAACGUGUGUCACGCUCGUGCUUAUACCCAACAAUGGUUUCUAUGAAACCAGAAUAAUUGAAGGAAUAGAUACGUACAAGGUACAGAUAUAAACAUUACAAAUGAAAUUAAACUUUUCGAUUGAUCGGUUUGCGGGCAUCUGAAAUUUUCAUUCGCAUCGCAUCAUAUUGGAAAUAUUAGGAAAAUCCCAAGGAUAUACGAAGACUACCAAGAAGAUACAGCAUUACAAUCAAGAAAAUGUGGUCUCCUGAGUCGGAAAUUAAUUCAAUUGCAAUGGCCACAAUGCGCAAUUCAGCAUCUGCAUCGUCGGGUAUAUCCUCAUUAUCAAGUUGUGGCGAUCCAGACCGCCUACCAGAGCUGCCCCCAGGCGACGAACAGCGGCUACAACGUGCCGCUCUUCAUCUUCAACAGAAACUCAUCCUUCGAGAAUGGUUGAAAGAGCACCGAUUGCAGCACCACUACUCUCGCCUAAUUGCAAUAGAAGUUGCGGCCCUAGAAGACGUGUACUGGCUAGAAGACUCGCGAGCUAGCAAAUUAAUGGGAAAAGAUUGGCAAAUUUGGUCGCAGGCUCGUCAAAAUUUGCCAACUUCUAAGCCACAUUUGGAUGCCCUCAAAGCGCAGUUAUGGUCAACAGUAGUUAAAUCCAGUCAACAUCAAGAUGCAUGGACUUGGGGUGGUAUGCUGGUCGUAUCUGUAUCGGUGGCAGGGUUGGUUACUUUGGCUGCUAUGACGCAGCCUGCAUUAGCUCCUGAGGCUCGACAUUCUUUACUUCAGUAUGUUACUGGAAAAUAUUUGUUACCUGCUAACUGCAAAGUGAUAUGGGAUUGGACAGAUCCGCAUCGAGUGGGAGGCACAAUGUGUUUCCAAGUUCGAUUCUUUCAACGUAAUGGACAGCCUUAUCCUAUCUGUGAUACUGAUCAAUUUUUUGUUGAAGUGACAGAAGGCACGAGAAAGGUUGUUGCUAUUAGCGAGCUAGGAUCCUCUACAGAUCCUAAUAAUGCGAAUGUAGCAAAAGUGAAGUUCACUGUUCGUACCGCCGGACAAUAUAAAAUUUCCAUUAUGAUUGGAUCCAAUCAUAUACCUGGAAGUCCUUUUACGAAAACAUUCGUUCCAGGAUCUAUUGAUGCUCGUCGUUCGCGUUUUAUUCGACCCGCUAGUACUGUUGUCUGUUGCGCAGGUGCUCCAACGUUGCUCCAUAUCGAGCCAAGAGACGAAUUCGGGAAUGGUUGUGUUUUCACCGCUGAUGAAGAUCCUGUUGAGGGCUAUAAAGUGGAGAUUUUCGAUUUGAAUGGGGCUCCAGUGGAGAAGCUUUGCCGAGCAAUAUCAUUCACGUAUGAUAAAGUUAACUCACGAAUAGCAGUUACGGCAUUAUUCCCCGAACCAAUUUGCCUAAAAGCUGUGAUCAGUUUUCAGAAUCAAAGGCUUCCAAAUGGCGAUUUUGAUAUUAUCGUUCUGAGCAGUAGCGAUACAACCCUUGUUCAUAAAAACAUUGCAUCCCGCAAACAUAAUAUCUGUUAUGAAGCCAAACUCCUAAGCAUUUUUGGCCAACCCCGUUCGAAACCACGCAAAGUCCUCUGCUAUGUAGGGCCCAAACAAAAAUCGCUUUUAUUCCAGGUUACCAUAAAGGAGAUGAUCUUGAAAUUCAUUCCGAAACGAAUCGCAACAUUUCGUCUAUGUCCUUCAACUAAGUUUCACUUCCUACCGCAUUCCACAAUGCAGACAUAUGGACCAGUUUUCAUCAUCGACGAUGGAUCACAGCCUAAAAUUGAAUUGGCCUCGAAGGACAGGAAUAUUAUUGCAGCAACGUUUACACAUUUCCUACUCAAAAACAUUGGAGGAUCAGAGACAUUCAAGGACAAACAAGACUUCUUUUAUCACGAGGUUAGGAAGUUCCAUUCCAACUACUAUCACGAAAAGUUGUCGCUAAAAGUCAAUCGGGAAAAGAUAUUCGAAAGUAGUUGGAAAGCUACGAAAGGAUUCUCAAUUUCGGAUUGGUGUGGAAAUUUCGAAGUAACGUUUCAAGGGGAGCAAGGCAUCGAUUGGGGUGGUUUACGGCGCGAGUGGUUCGAGUUAAUCUGCAGCGCUCUGUUUGAUCCUCGAGGAGGACUAUUUUGCGCAUUCCACGAUAAACAACAAGCUCUGGUGCAUCCCAAUGCCAACCGACCGCCUCAUUUAAAACUGAAACACUAUGAGUUCGCUGGGAAAAUAGUUGGGAAAUGCCUGUACGAAAGUGCUUUAGGCGGAACAUAUCGCCAAUUAGUACGAGCUCGUUUCACAAGAUCAUUCUUAGCACAAUUAAUUGGUUUGCGUGUUCAUUACAAGUACUUCGAACAGGACGAUCCUGAUUUGUACCUCUCGAAAAUUAAAUAUAUAUUAGACACCGAUUUAGAUACAACUGACUCGUUAGAAGUUUAUUUUGUUGAAGAAGUUUAUGAUGUUUCUGGACAAUUAACGAAAACAAUUGAGCUAAUUCCGAAUGGCUCCAAAGUUCGUGUCACAAACGCAACAAAAAAUCAAUAUUUAGAUGCACUCGCGCAACAACGACUUUGUAAUAAUGUUCGAGAGGAAAUCGAUAGCUUUUUGAAGGGGUUGAAUGGCAUUAUCCCGGAUAAUUUGCUGAGUAUAUUUGACGAAAAUGAACUGGAGCUGUUAAUGUGCGGUACUGGGGAAUAUUCAAUAGCAGAUUUCCGCGCCCACCAUAUAGUUAAUGGCAACUCUGCGGAAUUUCGAAGAGUUUUAGGUUGGUUUUGGGCCGCCGUCAGUAAUUUCAGUCAAACAGAAAUGGCUCGCUUGCUCCAAUUUACAACCGGCUGUUCACAACUACCACCGGGUGGUUUUCAAGAGCUCAAUCCUCGAUUCCAGAUCACCGCAGCACCAACAUUUGGUAGUUUACCAACAGCUCAUACAUGUUUCAAUCAACUUUGUCUUCCCGAUUACGAAAGUUAUGAACAAUUUGAAAAGGCGUUAUUACUUUCAAUUAGUGAAGGUAGCGAGGGUUUCGGUAUGGUGUAGAUUCGUUUGUUAUCCAAACCGACAAAGUCAUUUAACAUUAGAAUGAAGUAAGUUAAAACGUAACUUAAAUUAUUUCGUCCACUACCGGUCUUUUUAUUGGCUAUUGCGAUUGAGGUGCCUAUUUUACUUUUUAUUUAGAAAAUAACACCACAAAAUGAUAACACCAUUAAUUGAAACAACUUCUUUAUAUUUAUGAUGUUGUUUUGUAGAAUCUUUCCAGCAUGGGGAUGUUUUGGUCUACAAUUUAUCCUUGAAAUUAUUUUUAACGAGUCCUUUAAGCCUAGAUAACAUUUAUGUAGAUUUGAUCUCUUUAUCAGUUUUAGCAGUUAUUUGACAAUGGUAAUGGAGGAAUUUGAACAAAAAAAUGUACUCAUUUCAUAUAGAAUCCAUAUAUGGCAAUUAACGUUCUCCUAGGACUAAAUUUUGACCGUUAUUGAAAUCGUACAAAUUAAACGUACAUUAUAGGAUUCAACUAAACAAUAGAUCUCCCGUAUAAUCACGAAUUUACCUCAAGCUUUCUAAGUAUUUCGAAUAAUUAUUACUCGUAGAUCAGACUACGGUAGAAAUAGCCCACAUCAAGUCUGAGAAAUCUAGACUUGAUGGUAUCUACUUUGCUUCACAUUGCGAAUAGUUCAUAAGCAGAACGUGUUAAACAAAUGUAGCCGAACAUUCCGAAUCAAGCAAUACCAGAAGUUGAAUGCCUAUUUUACUCUGCAAGAACUCGUUAAGCUGAAAAUCAUAUUUUUCAAUAAAUAUUCGGGCCAAAUUUAACAUUAUUAGUAGAUUAGCUUUUAGAUUAGUCUAAGAUGACAGAGUUUUUAUUUUGCAUCAUUUUCAUUUACAUUUCCAAUAGGUGUUUUAAUGUAUACUAACGAAACCAACUAAAAGUACUGUGAUAAUUUCUGUUAACUAAUCUAGUCUUCAUGAAUAUUAUUAAUUUUAUUUAUGUUUUUGUCAAACGCUCUUUUUCGUUUGCAUAGGAAUUUACAUUGUUACGCUUCAUAGAUUAAUACCAAAAAAAAGCACAAAUAAUAGUUAUGUAAACACAAAACUUACAACUAGUUUAGAGGAAGUUUAUUCUCUCGCCAAAAAUAGCGCACGUUAAUGAUAUCUUCCGCCAUUGAUGCACCAGGACUGGUUGCCAUUGAUCACUUACACAUUUCAAUAAAAUGCAGUUUGUUCCAUUCCAGCAACAAUUAGCAUUCCUUUAAUUUUAAAUUUUGCAAUUCUGCAUGAGAGACCAACAGAACACAGCAUUUGAAUACAUACUUUUUGCAUUUUAUAUAAAUGGUUGCCAACGUAUCUCUAGAUGGCCUAGGUCAAAACAAACUACAAAUAUGUUUAAUUUUUCCGAUAUUUUAAAUUUCGAAUCGUUCCGUAUUUAAUCUGGCUAAAUAAGCACUAGUUUUAUAAUAAUAUAUUGUUCCUGGCUGAUUUUUAUUAUGCAUUUUGAAGCCGUAAUCGAUGCAGAAUUAAAGCGGAGUUGCUUCUGAUUUUCCGUCUUAGAUUACCGAAGUAAGGAUGGAAAACAUUCAAGCCUUUCAGUUUGUUAAUUUCAACGGAAUUAAAACUUCAAUACGUAAUAAACUAAGCGAAUAAUCAAACUCCAAUCACAAAUUGCAAAUCAAUCAAUAUCAACAUCAAACAAUCCAAAACACGAACUCACUCCUAAUAUCACUAACACUAUCAUAUAGAACCGAUUCCUAUAGUAGAACAAAACGAUAAAGAAUUAUUAUUUCAAGGUCCAAUUAAUUUUUGAAAUUUUAGAAUAUCUAGUUUUGAGAUCUUAGUAAUAUAUAUAAAUGUACUUAACAGAGAAGAGUUAUGAAUAUAUAAAGAUGGCAUUUUGGCCUUGAUGAACUAUAUAUAUACAUAUAUUUAAAUUUCGUCUUGAUAUUGCAUAUAUUAUUCCGAUAUUCUUGAAAAUUAUUUGAAUAUUUUAGAAGGGAAUAAUUUAUUUUUAAGCAUACCGCAAUUCGAUCGAGAAAGAGAGAAAAUGUAAUAGCGCAACAAUAUUUUUGCUGAUUAAU